AUGGAGCAGUUUCUAAAGGGAGGAAAAAGACUGACUUUCCUCUCCUCCACAACAUCUCCACUACAUGCUGUUAUUACUGACAGAACUUUUUCUUCUAUUUAUUGCUCAUUAAAGUGAACUGGACUUGGAGUGCGAUAAAAGUAUUUCUGUUUCCAACUCGUUGAAGAGUCGGCUCAAAGUAUCGGUUUAAAGAGUCGAUUCAGUCUACCGAAAGUGAAAGUGUGUCUCAGUCUCGACUCCAUUUUGAGGAGCGGUUAGAAAAACACAAAGAUCUUCACCAGCAGCCAGAAGCGGUGAGAUUCAUGUCCAACAACAAGCAGUGCUGAAGAAAAGUGGGAAUGUGAUUAAUUCCAGCAGAAGAGAUCUGCGUCUUCAGGACUCUGCGUCUUCACGAGCAUUAAAAAAUGGAGAUUCCUGAUCAGGGCACAGAUCAUGUGACCUCACCCUCAAAAGACGGUAAACUACAGAGAGAGAGAUCACACUCACCACAACCCAGCUGUGUCUCCAUGAAGAGUGAUCGGUCUAUGGAUCGUCCUCUCUACUUCAGUACUGAAAACCCCUCACCUGGACCCAGUGUUCUACAGAAGGCAGGAGACAGAAGAGAGAAAAACAUCAUCACAGCUACAGGAUACGACCCAGAAUCCACUGCUGCAGAUGAAUUCCAGAAGAAGUUCAAGUUCAAUCUGAUGAAGAAGUUUCAGUGUUUGAAUGGACUGAUGCUUAAGCAUGAAAACCGAACACUCCUGAAUGAGAUCUACACAGAGCUCUACAUCACAGAGGGAGACAGUGGAGACAUCAAUAAAGAACAUGAGGUGAAACAGAUCGAGGCAGCGUCCAGGAGGAACCCAACUAAGGACACACCGAUCAAAUGCAGUGACAUCUUUAAACCCCUACCUGAACAAGACAAAUUCAUCAUGAAGGUUCUGACAAAACCCUUAUCUGAACAAGAUGAAGAACCCAUCAGGAGAGUUCUGACAAAGGGAGUAGCUGGAAUUGGAAAAACAGUCUCUGUGCAGAAGUUUGUUCUGGACUGGGCUGAAGGGAAAACAAACCAGGACGUCCACCUCAUAUUCCCACUUCCUUUCAGAGAGCUGAAUUUGAUGAGGAGCAGAAACUGAGUCUGGUGGAGCUCCUUCAUGU